CACACUGUCUUUCAGACUAGAGGGACAAAAAUGAUUUCACAGACUCAUCUCAUCUGGCUCCUAGUGCUCUGGAUUCAGGAUGCAAAGGGGGAGAUCGUACUAACUCAGACUCCAGAAUCCCUGGCAGUGUUUCCUGGAGACAGAGUUACCAUCAGCUGCAAAGCCAGUUCCAAUGCUAAUAGCAACAUGCAGUGGUACCAACAGAGAUCAGGACAAUCUCCUAAGCUCCUUAUAUACACUGCUUCCACUCGCCCCUCUGGGAUCCCAGACCGGUUCAGUGGCAGUGGAUCUGGCACUGACUUCACUUUUACAAUCAGCCGAGUAGAAGCUGAUGAUGCUGGAGAUUAUUAUUGUCAACAAGCUCAAAGCUGGCCUCUCACAGUGAUACAGAGCAAUGCAAAAACCUCCCUGCUUUCUUCAGCUUCAGUUCCUCACCAUAACAGCUAUUUCCUAUAUUUGUUGAUCAGCACUGGGCCAGUCAGACGUAGCAAGAUGAUUUCUCAGGUUCAACUUAUCUGUCUGUUAGUGCUCUGGAUCCAAGACUCCACUGGACAGAUUGUGCUGACUCAGACUCCAGAAUCCCUGGCAGUGUCUCCUGGAGACACAGUCACUAUUCACUGCAAAGCCAGUUCAAGUCUCACCAGUGGUAGCUAUCACUUACUAGCCUGGUACCAACAGAAAUCAGGACAAGCUCCAAAGAGCCUUAUCUAUGAUGCUUCCAAUCGUGACUCUGGGAUCCCAGCCCGGUUCAGUGGCAGUGGCUCUGGCACUGAUUACACUCUCACAAUCAGUAGAGUUGAAGUUGAAGAUGCUGGAGAUUACUAUUGUCAGCAGUAUCACAGCUACCCUCUCACAGUGAUACAGACCAAUACAAAAACCUCCCCAUCCUGUCCCUUUCAUUCUAACAGCUGCUUCCGAUACAUAAUUGCUACGCUAGAUUUCAGACAGCAUUUUGGCAGCUUUACAACACCAGGCCGAGCCCCCUGCUCCCACUGCUGA